AUGACUGCAUUCAAAGGUGCUAACGAUCCUAGGACCGAUCCAUUAGCGCAGGCAGCAGAGAUCGAGAGCAAUAUCAACGAUCGCGCGGGCAUUAGAGCGUAUGCUGAGGAGAUCUAUAAGGGAAAGAGAAAGCAGCGAAGCAUUAAUAUGAAAGCCUCAGCCCCACUAACAACCGAAAUGCCCCAACGCAACCCCGAAUUGGAAAAUGAAUGUGGACGAUGGGGUGUCGGGGAUAGUACUCACUUGCUGGCCCCAUUGGGGUUGUUGGCCCCUGAUGGCUUUGACGAUGCCGACGAUGUCUUUGACGACGUCGAGAAUAUCCUUGAUGAGAGUCAAGAACUCCAAGAUGUUCUUGAGAACGGGGAUGGCGUCAUUGACGACGCCGGGCAUGGCCGCAGCGACGGAUUUGACGACGGCGAGUAUGGCGGGCAUACUGGCGGCGAUGAUGACAGCGGUGGUGGUGGCAGGUGGUGGGGUGGUGGCAGGAGCAGCAGUGGUAGUAGCGGCGGCAGCAGGUAG